UUCUUUUUCACCUCAGAGAAAGCCAAUCACACAACACAGCUGGCAACUGAGGAAAAGGCCUCCGUUCAGCAAGCGUGAACACGCUCAGGAAUUCAUUCCGAACCUUUUAAAACACACUUCGACUUACCGCCAUCUGGGAUCCACUGCAGGAAUACCAAAAAGGAAAACCUCACUUAAAAAGAACACGAAGCAAAUGAGAACAAACUGGGAAUGUUUAAGUCUUUGAAACUCUGCACUGGAAAGCAAAGAUUGGUAACUUCAAUUUAAACAUUCCGGAGCUUAAAGAAACUUUAAUUUUGGAACAUUCGCCUUGACUACUGAACUACAAACUUACAAAACUACAAGUUUCAAAAUACAAAGUCACAAAACUGAUUUUACUGCUGUCUCGGAACACAGUUUUUCUUUAAUCCCAUGAGUUGGCUUUACUGACUGCAUUCUUUAAAAGUUUCUCAUCGGUUAACCAAGGCCUGGAUUCACGGAUUUUCUGGAGGAGAAGAUGAGAAUGUUUUCCCAUUAAAGAACCCAGCGGAAGCCUUAAGGCAACAAAUUUCAUGUUUCUUUUGGAGAUUCCGGAGAAAAAGGAAAUAUUUAUAAAACCACCCAAAGAGCCAAAGAAUUUGCAAGUAAAUUGGAGGUUAUAAAGUGGUCACAAUCUGAAUGCCGAAGGAGGCUGCAGCUGACAAAGGGACUUCAGCAUUGUAAACUGGAAGUGCCUUUAUAAUGGUAAGCAUUAACAGCUCCAGCUGCUCCUAUGAUGACUCCUUUAAGUACACUUUGUAUGGGUGCAUAUUUAGUAUGGUGUUUGUGCUUGGAUUAAUAUCCAAUUGUGUUGCGAUAUACGUUUUCAUCUGCACACUCAAAAUUCGAAAUGAAACUACAACUUACAUGGUUAAUCUGGCCAUGUCAGACUUGCUUUUUGUUUUUACUUUACCCUUUAGGAUUUUUUACUUUGCAACACGGAACUGGCCCUUUGGAGAUUUACUUUGUAAGAUUUCAGUGAUGCUGUUUUAUACCAACAUGUACGGAAGCAUUCUGUUCUUAACUUGCAUUAGUGCAGAUCGAUUUCUGGCCAUCCUCUACCCCUUUAAGUCAAAGACUCUAAGAACCAAACGAAAUGCAAAAAUUGUCUGCACUGCUGUGUGGCUCACAGUACUUGGAGGAAGUGCUCCAGCGGUGUUUUUUCAGUCUACCUACUCUAAGGAUAACAAUACCUCAGAAGCCUGCUUUGAAAAUUUUCCAGAAGCCACGUGGAAAACGUAUCUCUCAAGGAUUGUAAUUUUCAUUGAAAUAGUGGGAUUUUUUAUUCCUCUGAUUUUAAAUGUAACUUGUUCUAGUAUGGUGCUAAGAACUUUAAAUAAACCUGUUACAUUAAGUAGAAGCAAAAUAAACAAGACUAAGAUUUUAAAAAUGAUUUUUGUACAUUUGGUCAUAUUUUGUUUCUGUUUUGUGCCUUACAAUAUCAACCUUAUUUUAUAUUCUCUUAUGCGAACACAAACAUUUGUGAAUUGCUCAGUAGUGGCCGCAGUAAGGACAAUGUACCCAAUCACUCUCUGCAUUGCUGUUACAAACUGUUGUUUUGACCCUAUAAUUUACUACUUUACGUCAGACACAAUUCAGAACUCAAUAAAAAUGAAAAAUUGGUCAGUUAGAAGAAGUGAUUCUAGAUUUUCUGAAGCUCAUGGCACCGAGAACUUUAUUCAACACAACCUACAGACCUUAAAAAACAAGAUAUUUGACAAUGAAUCAACAAUAUAAGCUGCUUGAAAUAAACUACUGGGACUUCACUGAAACAGGACCUACAAGCUCCUUCAACUGUGAAAAGUGUUUUCUUGGACUAUUAUUCCACCACGAAGAGAAGAUGAAAACACGGACAUUUUAAAGGUUUUGGUAUAAAGAAAAAUUGUAUUCAAUGUGUUAAGUAUUAAAACAUAGUUCAUUCUUGUAUACAUUCCAUUUUAUUCUUUUGAGCCAUUUUGAUUUCUACCUUCCUCUUCAUUAAAAAUAUCCCUACGUUGCUCAAAAUCUAAAAGUGACUGAUUUAAAUCAUGUGGUGACCGUCUGUAUGGUCUUUGAAUUCCUUAGUAUACUAAAUGAUUUAUACAUAUUAGAAGCUUUGUUUAAGUAUUUAGUAUUUUUAUUCAACAUAUAUUUAAUUUCUACUUAAAUCUGAAUUGAAACUACUGAUUAUGUUUCUUAAACUAUAAUAACAUAAAUGAAAAUGGAGGAUAAUUUGAAACAAUAUUUAAAUAUUUUCCCAAAAAUAGCUUAAAAUGUUUUUAUAGAAUGAUAACAUACUAACACUAUUUGAGGAUCUUGGACAGUUAGUUACUCUUACUUAGGGGUUUUGUCUUUGCAGGCAAUUUAUAAAAGCAGGUGCUAUCUAACCAUAUGGUAAAUUCAUAAAUUAUGAUUUCAAACCAUUUUUUGGAUAUAACAACACUCAAUUUCAGAAUGUUACGUGCUACAAAAAUUUAGAGGGAAGAAAUUAAUAGAAUGCUAUUUUGCCAAGUAAAUUUUUUAAAAAUAAAAUACACCCAGAGAUACAUGUUAAACAUACAUUUAUGUCACAAUAAAGAGCUUGAUUCUAGCAUUUUAGGUCAGAGAAACUAAAAAACACCACAGGUCUUUUUUUAAACAAGUGAAAUACAGUACUUGGUGCUUAGAAAGUGUUAUUAGAUAGAUACAUGAUAGACAGACAGAUACAGACAUAUAAAAUACUUCCCUUUCCUGACAAGUCUAAGCCAAAUAGUGAAUAGCUGAAAUACAUCAAAUAAACAAAAUGUUAUCUUAUGUCAAAAUAAAUUAUGAAGUAAGGAGACAGUUACUUACAUAAAAAGUAGCAACACUAUAUGGCUAAAUAACUGAGCACAACUACAUUUUCAUUUCACUAAAUAUAAAGCUAUAAUUUAGAUAUGAAAUACCAACUACACGAAAACUUUUCAUCUUCCAACAUCUUUUUUUUUUUUUUAAUCUCUGAAGUCAACUAAAAAGGAUGCUUCCAUUGCAGAAAAAGGG